AUGAAGGAUAUGCGGGAAGCAGCUUAUGUGCUUGGAGUUAAAAUUCAUAGGGAUCGUUCAAAGAGGCUUCUUGCAUUGUCGCAAGAGACUUAUAUUAGAAAGAUUCUUAAACGAUUUAAUAUGCAAAACUGCAACCCCAUAGACACUCCUAUAGCAAAAGGCGAAGGCCUGAAUCUCAAAAUGUGUCCUAAGACUCCAGAUGAGAAAAGGGAAAUGGCUAAUGUUCCCUACUCCAAUGUUAUUGGAUGUUUGAUGUAUGCCAUGAUGUGUACUCGACCCGAUAUAUGUUAUGCUGUCGGGUUAGUGAGCCGUUAUCAAGCCAAUCCUGGAAAGUUGCAUUGGAAAGCUGUCAAAAGGAUCCUCAGAUAUCUCAAAGGCACUGCAGAUUAUUCUCUAUGCUAUCAAGGAGAUAAUUUGCGCUUAAGUGGUUAUUCAGAUGCUGAUUGGUCAGGAGAUCUGGAUGAACGCAAAUCAACUUCAGGAUAUGUAUUCUUGCUUAAUAAUGGUGCUAUCUCUUGGCGUAGCAAGAAGCAAAUAUGUACAGCCUUAUCUACGAUGGAGGCUGAGUUUAUUGCUUGUUCAGCUACAGUGCAGGAAGCAGUUUGGCUUAGAAGAUUUCUGCAAAGCUUGGGUGUAAUAGUAAGUGCUGCAGAACCCGUGACAGUUCAUUGUGAUAGUCAAGCUGCCAUUGCAUAUGUAAAAGAUCCUAAGUAUCAUGGAAGUGAGUGA